ACUUGAUCACUAAAACAGGAACUUGUAAAAUGACGUGAACCAGCGAAGAAAGAACUAAGAAAUAUGCUCUCAAUUUUAGUUCUACCGGUUAACCCAAGAUAUUUAAGGUUGUGUAGAUAUCCUUAAAUCGACUGAAAGAAUUGUCACUGGAUUUAUUCCAUAAGUUUUAAAAUGUCUUCAAAGGAGCUUGCGAAGUCUACAAACGCACCCGGUGCACCGCUAAAACAACCCGAAUUUAGCGAUGUUCGAAUUCCGAAGACAUCUUACAAGCCAUUUAAACAUCUUUUAGCCGGUGGAAUCGCAGGUGCGGUGUCUAGGACAAGUGUGUCACCGCUUGAAAGAGUUAAAAUUCUUCUACAGAUCCAAGUGAAAAAUCCCAAGUUCAAAGGUGUUCUUCCUACCUUGAUCCAAAUCGGAAAAGAGGAAGGAAUAUUAGGGUAUUUUAAGGGCAAUGGCACCAAUGUUAUCCGGAUCUUUCCAUACAGUGCUGUUCAAUUUGCAGCAUAUGAAGAAUAUAAAAAGUUACUGAACAUCCCAGACGACCCUGAGCAUCAAACACCCAUAAAACGGCUUGUUGCCGGAGCAAUGGCAGGGGUGACGUCAAUUACAGCAACCUACCCACUUGACCUUAUAAGAACCAGGCUAUCAGCACAGGGAGCAGAUAGAAAGUACAGGGGUAUAGUCCAUGCAUUCAGGACCAUCCUAAAUGAAGAGGGAGGAUUCUUUAGUGGCUGUCUGUACAGGGGACUGGUCCCUACUGCAAUGGGUAUAGCACCUUAUGUUGGAUUGAACUUUGCGGUUUAUGAAACUCUCAAAGGGUUUCUGUUUUCCACUGUUAUGGCCAGUUCUCAAGGAGCUAGUUUGACUAACAUCAGGAAGGACAGGGAACUACCAGUCAACUUUAAACUGAUGUGUGGCUCAUUAGCAGGUGCAGUCUCUCAGACAGCUACCUACCCUCUAGAUGUUGUUCGCCGUCGAAUGCAGAUGAAAGGCAUCAGAGCUGACUUUGCCUACAAGUCUACACUUCAUGCAUUUUCCAGCAUAGUCAAACUCGAAGGAUUCCGGGGGCUUUACAAGGGCAUGUGGCCAAAUAUCCUCAAGGUUGCACCAUCUGUGGGAAUACAGUUUGCAGCAUAUGAGCUUUCUAAGUCUUUCCUUUACAGUAACAAGUGGAGAUGACCAACCAUUAGCUGUUAACAGCAGAAGAGCUUGCUAAAUCAUUCCUUUAUAAAGAAGUGGAGAUGACCAAGCAAGCAAGUCUUUCCUAUAUAGUAUAACAAGUGGAGAUGACCAAGCAAGACAUUCCUUUAUAAGAUAAGUGGAGGAUGACCAACCCUUGACAGUUAACAAUGUGUGAGCUUAUCAAGUCAUGCCAUUAUAAAGAAGUGAUGACCAAGCAAGUCAUUCCUUUAUAGUAUUAAGUGAAGAUGAUCAAGCAAGUCUUUCCUGUUGCCAUGGUAGCGCUGGUCGCUCUGGAAUACAAGGAAAAGCGUUUCGUAUACACCUAUUUCAAAUAAUGUUGAACUUGGGGAAUCCGUUGUAGCUUGCAGUGCUUCAUGGUUAUCAAAUAGAUAAGAAAGUAAGCGUAAAUAAAAACGAAUCCAGGCUUCAAAAGUUACAGCAUUCUAAUUUGUGUUUGACCUUGAACAUACGCAUAGCUUUCAGAUACCAGGAUUCAGCCAUACACUACCCAUGAAUCAAUGCAGGCCAUGACGCAUGGAUUCUAAGUGCAACCUAAUUUAUAAUAGCUGUAAUGCAAGUUACUAUCGUAUUUUAGAAACAUAAGGUAUUUAUUGAUAAUAUCAGAAAUUAUAAAUUUUAUGUGUGAAUAUAUUGUUUUAAUGUAAAAAGUUUUAAUUGAGCAUGUUUUGUUAGUGCAAAACGUGCGAGUGCAAAUCAUUAUAUACGUCUUUUUUAUAAUUAUACCCAAACCAAUAAACGUCUUAACAUCA